AUGCGGGCACUGACAGCAGCGGCCACCCCGCUGGUGGUGCUGCCGCUCAUGCUGCCCAUGACGCACGGUGUGGCUCUCUCGCGUAUGUUCGCCACAAGACAAGCCAGCCUCGACCAAAGCGGACCCGCCCGCAUGAUUCGCGGGGUACCGAGUGCUGCAGGGCUCGAAGCUGGCAAGAGAGAUGGCAGAAAGAUAUCAAGGCGCAACACAGAGAGUUUCGGUCCGCUUGCCCUCUUGGACGUAUGCUACAUGACUGAUGAUUGCACCCCUGGGUUGUAUGUGGAAGCUGGAUUUCGGACACAAUGCGAGAAAACGCCGUUUUCGGGCGGAGACACCGUUUGCUGCAAACCCUUUGCGACACCAUGUGACUCGGACAAGGCUUGCUGCUCGGGCAACUGCGACGUUAGCCAUACCCGGUGCGACGACGCGAUCGUUCCGGCUCACCCGACGGACGAAGAGCACUCCCACGAGGAUGAAUUCUACUCGGAUGAGAUUGCCUACUACUCGGAUGAGAUUUCAUCCGACACACCGAGGGACAGCUCUGGCGACAUCUUGACCGAUCAGCGGGACGCUGAGGGUGGUCAACUGUACGACGAUGGGGAAUCUAGCUAUGGCGAGUACGACGAUGGCCAAUAUCGACAUGGGAAGUACGAUGACAGCAUCACUGGUCCCGGCCUUGAUCGGUAUUGGGGCGGGUAUUUUGGCCGAUACAGCUUUGGCCAGUACGAUUACACGACAAGCUCGGAAGCCACUCCACGCACGCAAGACAAUCCGUCGGCGGAAGAUUCAGGCACGCGUCCCUCUGAAGACCCUGCUGGGUCUCCAGACAGCAAUCAGGAUGACGAAAAGGGCACCGAAUUUCCACCCCGACAUGAUGAAACAAGUGGAGCUUCUCCGAAAGAUGACGGUGUCCAUGAAGGCGGCGAGGGCGAAGAGUCCACGGCUGCCCCACUCUCGACAUCUUCGACCGAGGAGAGUUCUACCACCAUCUGUCAACCGGACUACGCCUCAGGGACAAUCGAAACGAUGGCAUCGUCAGAAACAAGAGUCGAGGCGGUUGCAAUGGACUCACAGGGAAAUGUGUUUUACUCCGUCAGCAAAGGCCAGGGUCCUGGCGAUGCUAUUCUGUGGGCGGCGUCCUCUUCUCCCUCUAGUGCUAACAACAAUGUAGACACCGACAACAAUAACGAUGGUGAUACCGUCGUCUACGUCGGCACCGGUAUAAUCCUUGCAAUGGCCAUCGAUGCCGACGACAACCUCAUCUUCACCAUGGAAGAUGCGCCCGCCGUGAGUGGGGGAGUAUUCUUGCUCUCGUGGCGGCAGAUCAACCCGGGCGGCGGCGUUGGGGCCGAGGAUUCCAGUGAUACCGGUGUGUCUAGGUACGAUUCCUACUUCGAAAUGCCUUCGGAGACUGGGACCGCAGAGACUUCGGCAGUGAGCCUAGCCGCCGGUCUCGGUCCAUUUUUGCCUGGCGUCGCCGUAUGCCCCGUCACGGGAGACGUGUACGUCACAAGGGGUCAUACUGGGAUAGCGAGGCUGGUCAAGGGAACCGACGGGAGUUUCAGCCAAAAGAUGGAAUGGAAUAUGGUGGACAUGGCCUUCAAGGACGGCGUGAAAACUCGAGCGCCGCUCAUGGUAUGGGACAUCGCCGUCAAUAGCAUCGGUAUCGUCUACUUCACAACAUACGUACAGGGUGUUGUGCUGAAGGGAAUAUUCCCCCGGCAGGGAGGCGUCGCUCAGGUACGCCUUUUAGGCGGCAAGUGGGACUCGGGCGUUUCACGUUCUUCAGGGGACGGUGGGAAGGCCCUCUCGGCGGUGCUGGCCUACCCAAAGGGCAUCGCAGUGGAUGCUGACGACAAUAUCUACGUCGCCGAGUUCCAGGGAGAGAAGAUCCGGAACAUUUCUACUAGUGGGAUUAUCUCAACGUGCGUUGGCACGGGAAGCACGGCAUCGAAAGCUGGGCUGGACUUACCCAACGCCAUUGCUUUCAUGCCGAGCACACCUGGAAGCAGGAUGGCAAUCGCGGACUUUGGUCACAACGCCGUGCGCGUCGUCACACCGACCUGGCCUUGUCCCUGA